UCCCUGCUGCUCUCGCUGGAUACGGUCAUUCAUCGACAUGACUCUCUACGUGAGACUGGGAGUGUUACUCCUCUGUUUGAUGUUCUUCGCUGGCGCUGUUGAUAGAAACAACUUCAAGACCUGCGAGCAGAGUAGUUUUUGCAGACGAUGUCGUAAAGUCGAGGCUGGCAAAACCCCCUACGAAGUGGUCCCCAUGACAGUGACCCAAAAUGGCUCGACCCUCCAAGCAGACCUAUUCAACAAGGACACAGGAGUAAACUUCAUACUGCAGUUGACAGCCCUCAAAGAUAACAUCUUCCGCCUGCACAUAAAUGAAAAGAGCCCCCUGCACAAGCGUUACGAGGUGGAGAACGCCCUUCAGGACCACCCUCGCCAGGCCGAAUUGAACAUCGCCGAGUCUCAGUCAGACCACGUGACAGUGACAAGUGGCCCAAGCAAAGCAAUCAUCCACUUCUCGCCCUUCAGAGUGGAUCUCUACUCGGAUGACCACCUCGUCGUGUCAGCAAAUGCCAGAGGUCUCAUGAGAUUCGAGCACUUGCGAACAAAAACGGUGAAACAGCCUGACGACGACAGCAGCAACAACAAGAACCCUGAGGAGACCGAAGCGUCGAGCCCUGAGUACCCAGGGGAUGGCGCCGAGGACGAUCCAGGCGCAUGGGAGGAGAACUUCAAGUCUCACCAGGACUCAAAGCCCCACGGUCCAGAGGCGAUAGCCCUGGACUUCAGUUUCCCCGGUGCUGAGCACGCCUAUGGGAUCCCCCAACAUGCUGAUUCAUUCGCCCUGCGGUCGACCAAAGGAACAGACCCCUAUCGUCUCUACAAUCUCGACGUCUUCGAGUACGAGAUAAACGAGAGAAUGGCCCUGUACGGCUCAAUUCCAGUGCUCUACGCCCACGGCAAGGACCGAACAACCGGUGUAUUCUGGCACAACGCUGCUGAGACCUGGGUCGACAUUCUCUCAAGCGCCGACAACAACGUGGUGGAGAGUAUCGUGAACUUUGUCUCUGGCAGUGUAAAAAAACCCCAGGUUGACGCCCACUUCAUGUCGGAGUCCGGUGUGAUAGACGUGUUCUUCCUGCUGGGGCCCAAGCCCCUGGACGCCUUCAGGCAGUACACAAUUCUCACCGGAACAGCCCCACUCCCCCAGAUGUUCACCCUGGGUUACCACCAGUCGAGGUGGAACUACAACGACCAAGAGGACGUGGCCCAAAUAGCCGACAAGUUUGACUUCCACGACAUUCCAAUGGACACCAUCUGGCUGGACAUUGAAUGGACAGACAACAAGAAGUACUUCAUCUGGGACUCGCGAAAGUUCCCAAAUCCCCUCGAAAUGGUCCAGAACCUGACGAGCAAAGGGCGAAAGCUCAUUGUCAUAAUAGAUCCUCACAUAAAGCGCGACAGCACUUACUACGUUCAUAACGACGCCACUGCCAACAACUACUACGUUAAACACGCCGACGGCAAGGACUACGAGGGCUGGUGCUGGCCAGGCGCCUCCUCCUACCUGGACUUCUUCGAUCCAAAAGUGCGGGAAUACUUCGGAGAACAAUAUUCCGUGGAAAAAUUCCAGGGGACCACCAAUGACGUCUACAUAUGGAACGACAUGAACGAGCCGAGUGUCUUCAAUGGGCCCGAGAUAACCAUGCCCAAAGACUUGAUUCAUUACGGUGGCUGGGAGCACCGAGACGUCCACAAUCUCAACUGCAUGAUGUACACACAGGUGACUUACGACGCUCUCUACAAGAGAUCUGGUGGAACAUUGAGGCCCUUCGUCCUGACGAGAGGCCACUUCGCUGGCUCCCAGAGGUCAGCUGCUGUUUGGACUGGGGAUAAUGCUGCUGAGUGGGAGCACUUGAGGAUCAGUUAUCCCAUGUGUCUGUCGGCUGGAGUUGCUGGCAUGUCCUUCUGCGGGGCCGACGUCGGGGGCUUCUUCAAGAAUCCCGACGCAGAGUUGUUCAUAAGGUGGAAUCAGGCUGGAGCUUGGCUGGCCUUCUUCAGACAGCACUCGCACAUUGAUACCAAACGCAGGGAGCCCUGGACGUUCAACGAUGAAACCACUCAGAUUGUCAGGGAUGCGAUAAGAAUACGGUAUUCGUAUUUGCCUUAUUGGUAUACGCUGUUUAGGGAGCACCAGGUCAGUGGGUAUCCUGUUAUGAGACCACUGUGGGCGCAUUAUUCGGGAGAGACGGAGACCUUUGCCGUUGAUGAUCAUCUGCUGGUGGGCGAUGCCAUUCUUGUCAGGCCUGUGUUUGAACCUUCGGUUACGGAGGUGUCGGUUUACUUCCCGGGGGAGGGAAGAGACACUUGGUAUGAUGUGGACACUAUGCAGGAGCACAAAACACCUGGGGCAACCAGGAUUCCUGUGACUUUGCAUAAGAUUCCGGUCUAUCAGAGGGGUGGCACCAUUGUACCGAGAAAAAUGAGGAUCAGGAGGAGCACUGCUGCUAUGAAGAAUGAUCCUUAUACACUUGUGGUCAUCGCUGAUGCCGAGGGAAAUGCCAGUGGGAAACUCUACAUUGACGAUGAGUCGAGCUUUGAGUAUCGUCAUGGAAAGUACGUUUAUUUGAGGCUCAGUUUCGAUGGGAAGGUACUCAAGAGUGGGUAUAUUGAUAAUCUGGCUAAUUUGGAGACUGCCAGCUGGCUGGAGAGAGUUGAUAUUGCUAAUCCACCGAAAGGAGUCAAGUCUGCCAAGCUUACUUCACAGAAUCGUGGAACUGUGAAUUUAGAGGCCAAAUACAAUACCAACAACAAUGUAUUGACAUUACGUAAACCAGGUGUAAAUAUGGGUGAAGAGUGGUCCAUUGAACUCGUGAAUUAACUGCAAUUUCAUUAAUUAAAUUUUUAGACGUAUUUUUCCAGUUGUAAACAUCAAUUUGCUGACAACAAAGUCAAUGUGCGCUUUUUCGUUCUUUUUUUUCUUCUGUUCAUUUAUGCAAAAAAAAUAGAUUAUCUUACUUUGGAGGGUUCAGUGGCAAUUGUGAUAAGAUUUUUCAUCAAUAUCGUAAACAAAAUAAUAAUAAUGACAAUGAUAGACAACGAGAACUUUUAUUAUCUUCAUAAACGUUCGGUGGGGGCUUGUUUGUGAGCCAAAUAUAAAAAGACAAUUGAUGAUAGUGCUGAUACUAAAAAUAUAACGUCGAACCAUCGAUGAUAAAAGUUGAAUUGAAGAUCACCGAGUACUUGGGUUAUUAUCAUUCUGUACUCGGCUGGCAUGUUCAUUCGCAUCAGUAGGACUGACGAGACAAAGUACAUUCCCUGAUGAAAAAUUUUCAAUUUAAUGAAACGAAAUAAAACGGAAAAUUGAUAAGAAUUUUUUUUAAUUACCAUUAUCUGGGCAAGUAUCAUCACUAUAAUGUUGGAAGACUUGCUGCUGGAUAUGGCGUAAAAAAACUGAAAUUAAAAAUAAAAGUCACUGAUUAAUAUACUCUGUAAUAAUCUGCUGUUGUCAAUACAAAUAUUGAUGAUGAA